AUCAUUGGAAAUUUCCUGACUUAGAUGACACUUCAAUGUUAUGUGUGCGUUGUCGAUUCCGUGUCAAAGAAUAUAUUCCGCCGGCAUCAGAGGAAGAGGAAAUUAUUUCACGUCAAAUUAGUGUUGAAAGUCUGAGUAUAUCAGCUGAAAUUUGUACUCAAGGAAGCAGUUUAUCUCGAACUGUCAGUAAUUUUAGUGACAAUCUAUGUGAUUACAAUGAUCAUUCUUUAGAGCGAUUUUUGAAAAUUCCUCUUAUUGAAAAAGACAGGUUAUAUUCUGAAAAAAAUUAUGGAGUAAAAAAACUUGAUGAGAGCUAUGCUGCCCUAGAGAAUAAGUUCCAAUCACAAUUUGGAAUAGUACCUGAAUCUACCUACAGAAAGAUUAAUCAAGAUCAUUGUUCCAUGAUAGCUAAAGUGAAGAAAUUAUAUAACGCUGAAAGUGACAAGUAAAU